AUGCAGACUCUACAAAGAUUUGUGAAAGAAUGGGUCACUCUCAGGAGCUCAGUGAAUUCAAGCGUGAUACCGUGAUAGGUUGCCACCUGUGCAAUAAGUCCAUCCAUGAAAUGUCCUUGCUACAAAAUAUUUCAACGCCAACUGUUAGUGGUAUUAUAACAAAGUGGAAGCAACUAGGAAAAACAGCAAAUCAGCCACGAAGUGAGCGGGGUCAUCAAAUGCUGAAGCACACAGUGCGCAGAAGUUGCCAACUGCAGAGUCAAUAGCUAAAGACCUCCAAACUUCAUGUAACCUUCAGAUUAGCACAACAAAGGUGCAUAGAGAGCUUCAUGGAAUGAAUUUCCAUGGC